AUGAAUAAGAAGUUAUCUCUACUCAUACUAUUUGCUUUUCUUUUAGCAACUACUUUUGCUUAAGAUGAAGAUUUGCUUGAAAAUGAAAAAAAAAAUAAUACUACUACUGUUGCUGAGGAUGAUCAAUAAGAAGAACAAACAACAUCUAAUCUUGAAGUUGUUAAUCUUAGCCUCCGUAAAUUUAAGCAAGAAAAUGAAAAAGAAAGAAGAUUAGGAGGAUAUGAAAUGGAUGAAGAAAUGUAAAAGUAGGCUGCUCUAAUGGAAGAAAAAAUGAAAAAGAUGGGAAAGAAAAGACCACUCAUAAAAAAAGAUGGAGAUAAAAAGGUAUUUGAUUCAGCUGAUUAUUAUAAAGAGAAAGAAGAAGCUGAAAAGAACUGA